UAUGUGAAUGUUCCUUUUACUUCUUACUUUGACAAUCCUUAUCGAGGUGCAGUCGGUACAACCAGAGACUUGCCAGCGGUUUCCUGUGCUGAAAUCGUGAAGACUGUCGGGAAUGUCAGCGGUCGUCAUUGGAUUAUUGACCAUGCGCGGUCAAAUGUGCCGUUUAUGGCCUAUUGCAACAAAACAACACUCGAAUAUUUCACUGUGUGCGAUCUUUCUCCUUGUCAAAACGGAGGUUCAUGCAAUGAACAGGGCGGUGUCCACACGUGUAACUGCACCUAUUACUUCUAUGGAGCCAAUUGUGAGAAAGGAUGUAACGUCACACCACCUGUUGGUAUGGAAAAUGGAGCAAUAUCGAACUCAAGUAUAACCGCUUCAACCGAAUACAGUUCCAAUUUUGCAGCGUGGAGUGGACGACUUAGGCAUUUGUGGAGCUCAUGGUCACCGUCGACGGGAAGAGCGGGUGAAUGGCUACAAGUUGAUCUUGGCAAGACAAUAAAUGUCACUGGAGUUGCGACUCAAGGUCAUCCAGAUGCCAGCUACUGGGUAACGGUAUACCGUCUAACGUAUAAAAGAAGUGCUUCGUCUAGUUUCAAGAACUAUAAAAAGGGCGUGUUCUUUAUUGGAAAUACAGACAGAUCAACAGUAGUAAAGCAUGACCUCAGUCCUCUAAUUUCUGCAAGAUACGUUCGAUUAAUAGUAAUAGACUAUAAAACGUGGCCAGCGCUUAGAAUAGAGAUAUAUGGGCCUUGCCUUUGACUUGACAACAUAACCUGGACGAUAAUUUUAAACUAUGAUCCGAGCAAUUGAGGUAGCGCGUGAUUAGUCGAUAUGCAUGCAUCUCUAACGUAAAAACACUGUUAGCCCAAGUUCCGCAUUACCUGUCAAGAUACCAAAGAAUGUAAAAACGUCAAUAAA